AUGCAGACCAAAGCUCUCUUCUUCUCCCUCCUCACCCUCGCAGGCACCAUGCCUCACCUUGUCACCUCCAGCCCGACCAUUCCAUUGGAGGAACGUGCUGAUCCUAAAUACUGCUGCGGCUUGGUCCAGAAGCCAAAUACCAAGUAUUACAAUAACCUGUAUCUGAGCCAAUACGGAGUCUUUUGUCAGCCUUACUCUAGUGGUACUUGCACCGGUCAGAUACUGGAUUGUGCCGGUCAGGUCACCCAGGGUCCAUUUGGCACUAUUCUCUGCUUCACGACCACGCUGUAG